UUUCUAUUUUGACCUUUUUCACUGUGGCUUUGCAUUGAAGGGAACACAAGGCUUUCAACCAAAGGAGCGCACACACACACAGGAACAAACAAGAAGGAGCAAACAACGAACAAUCAAGACACAAAGGAACCAGCGACAGGAAGGAAGAAAAAAGGCCAAAUGAGCGAGAACGAGAACGAGGCACCGCUGCCACAGCAAGAGCAGCAAGAGCAGCAAGAGCAGGCUCAGGCUCAGGCUCAGGCGGACGAGCUCAUCGAGACGUCGUUCGAGGACGAGGCGGUCGUCACACGCGUCACCGACGUGCUUGGCGAGGUCGCUACAUCCACAGACGGACACGUCGUACACACUCACAACCACCAGAGCAAUCACAACGCACAGAACACUCCUGCUCCAGAUGAAGACACCACGGCAUCAGAUGCAUCAGCAGCAGCAGCAGCAGCAGCAGCAGAAGCGGAAGAAGAACCACCAGCAGCAGCAGCGCCCGCGCAAGAAGCAGACAAGGACGAAGAAUCAACUCGAGCACAAGAAGAAGAACCAGCACCACAAGCACAGCCUGCACCCGUGAAGGAAGACGACGUGGCCCCUGCAGCAUCCGUCGAGGAGCCCGUGCACGAAGUAAUAAAAGCCGCUCCGGCGCCAGUCGUCGCCAUUGCUGAAGCGCCGGCGGUUGCUGCUCCCGAGCCCGCUGUCGUCGAGCCCGCCCCUCUGCCCACACCGGCCGCUGCACCGCCGGCAGCAGCUGUUGUCGUUGUACCCGAGGCAGCCGCUCCCAAAGCCACGGCAGCCGAUGCUCAGCUGGCCGCCAUCGCCGCCACGGUCGGUGUGACCGGUCCUGCCCCGCUCGGCGCCAUCAAGGCCGAGGCUGCCGCUAAACAGGCACAGGAAGAAGGGACCUUGGUUGCUCCUCUCUCACCCGACGAAGAGCGCGCAGAGGUCGCCGCUCGCUAUGCUGCGGGACGCAACAGUGCUCAGACGUACACGGAGGACGAACUUCAGUUUGACGACCUGUCCAAGACAGACCGCUACGGUUUCAUCCACAACUCGGUCUUGUCAACAGCUGCUCGCACCAAGGACGAAGAGAAGAGCCUUGAGCGCGAGCGAGAGCGCGGGCUCAAGUGGCACAAGAUGCUCAAAAAUUGGUCGGCUGUCAACCCGCGUAAAGUCCACGCGCGUGUGUUCAAGGGCAUCCCAGACAGCGUGAAGGGCGAGGGCUGGAAGCGAAUUCUCGGCACGGAUGAGAAGCGCAAAGGCAAUCCUGGCACCUAUGAGCACUUUAAAGCCAAGGCAAUGAAGCAGUCGACCUACUUGCGACAAAUCGAUCUGGAUGUCAACCGCACGUGGAGAGAUCACCAAAUUUUUAAAGAGCGCUACAGCAUCAAACAAAUCCACUUGUUCAAUGUGCUAUCCGCAUACACCAUGUACAACGAGCUUGUUGGGUACUGCCAAGGCAUGUCCGGCAUCGUUGGACUGUUGUUGAUGUACAUGGACGAAGAAGACGCCUUCUGGAGCCUAACCACACUCUUCCAAGACCGUAUCCACUCCAUGAAUGACCUGUUUUUGCCAGGGUUCCCUCGGUUGAUGGAGCAGUUUGAUCUGCACGAGAAGCUCAUGAACAACAUGUUCCCUUCUUUGGCGCAACAUUUCCGACAAGAAACGGUCAUGAUCUCGGCAUACGCAAGCAAGUGGUUUUUGCAAGUCUUCCUCGACAAGGUUCCGUUCGAGUUGACGCUUCGCGUGUGGGACGCCUUCAUUUUGGAAGGGUACCGUGUUCCGAUUGUGAUGGCCAUGGUGUUUAUCAAGGUUCACAAAGCCCGCCUCCAAGCAAUGGACUUUGAGGGCAUUCUGACCUUUUUGCAAAACUUGGACAAGGAGCCGCACGACGCUGACGCUCUCAUCAAGCAACUAGAUCGCAUGAUGGGCACGCUCACCGAGAAGGUGCUGAUUGCCACCCAAGCACAACCGUCGCCUUCAGCAGAGUAGAGUUGACGGCUCUGCUUUUUUUCGUUUUUAUGUCCCUUGGACUUUUUUUGUCAGAUUUUCUAAUUCCUAAUCGACCCUAAUUGUUGAAACAGUAAACAUUUGUUCAUACAUU